CUGCUUAGAUUCCUUAUCUCCACAAUAAGACCGGGCUAGUUUGAAUUACAAUGUGAACCUGUGAGAUAUACCAUAGUCCACAAAAUUGAUACAGUGAAAAAGUUUGCACUCGAGGAGACGUUCAUAGGAGUGAUGAAAAAACAUUUUUGUAAAAUAAAACAGCUUCAUUAGCCAAAAAGCAGUUCGUUUACUGAUGGAAUAGGGUCGCAGAACGUAACUGAAACUGGUUGCACAUUAGUAGAAUUGCAAACUUAGUAAAAAUUAAAAAAAAAAUCCUACUUGUAAUAUAGGUGUGGAAGCAAGUGACGAAUAAUGGAGCCGUUGAAGCCUAGCCAAAUAAGGAUAUUGCCACUCCGAGCUUUAGUCUCACUUGCCUUUUUAAUCGCCUAUGCGCAUUCAACGGGAGAGCAGGCUCAACAAUAUGGCGGGAAUCUUUCACCACUCGGCUCCACUGGAUCUAGUAUCAAAACCACCCACGGAUAUGCGUACAACGAUUCGCUAGCACCGAUACUAACCGUGCAAUCUGAAAAGUCCUCGGAAGGCUUUCAUCGUUCUGGCACGACACAAAACUCAUCAACAGUGAAUUUAAAAAUGGGAAUUACUCUGACGGAGGAAGAGAUGUUAAAUGCAAAAGUAGAAGGUCCCGUCAAGGACCUCGCAUUUGACAGCAAGACGAAUAAACUGACCUGGAGAGACCCAGACGUAAUCAUUGACAAAAAAUAUUAUAAACUUGAAUUUGAAUAUGAAGAUCUUACACCUAAAAGAAUAUACAAAGUAAAUCAGGACGAGUUUCGAGUCACCAAUGAGAACUUGAAAGACAACCAAACUGCCACAGUAACGGUUUGUGUGGUUGAUUCAAGCGACGCAGAAGGAGAAAAGUCGAGCAUUGACAUAAAAAAAAUAGACGACAUUCCGCCACCGCCGUCUGGAGAAGUUGAGACGUCACUUGAUGAUGAAAGGAGAGGCAAAGAGGUGACCAUUCUGUGGCCGAAGAAUCUUUUUGGAGAUUCAAAGAUUGUUAGAUGGGAAAUUUUGGUGGCGAGGUAUAAUGAUGACGCGGCACUAGGUAAUUACAUCGGACAAGAAGGAAAGGUCAUCACGUGGGCUCAGCACAUGAAAAACGAUAAUGAAACGCGAUUCUACCGACCAACCAAGAAAGAAUGGAAUCCCGACACCACAGGAGAAAAUUAUCGAUAUUCAAUUGGAGCAGACGACAGUUGCAACCCAGCCGAUUUGGCUAAAUUCUGCAACGGGCCUCUCAAACCAAAAACAAAAUACUUUUUCAAAAUUAGAGCCUUCACUACUGUGGGCUUCAGAGACACAGAACCGAAAAGCGUGGACACUGAAGAAGAGACGAGCAACGGAGGCAUUUUUGUUUUGUCGCUGGUCAGUCUCAUUUUCAUCGGCACCAUUCUGUUUGGCAUUUGGUUCAACAGCCCUGAAAACCCCAAAUGUGUAAAAAAUAUCAUGUUUAAAAUGGGUGCCAUGCGGCGCGGAAUUCAGCAGCAGGGAGAGCCCGUCAAUGAAACUCAAGAGCGGCGCCCGCUGAUCAGGAAGUCAGUACCAAAGAACGAAUUUGCAAAGUACCUGGAGCAACUGUUGGAAGAGGCGGAACUAGAGGAGAGCAACGGAUUGUCCGAGCAGUUUAAGCAACUUGCCCUACUAAGCCCACCGCCGCCGUCGACACACCCUGGAAACUACUCGGCCGCCAUGCUCCAGUACAACAAGCGGAAGAACCGAUAUAUCAACAUUUUGCCAUACGACAGUACUAGGGUAGUUUUGUCAGUGGUGAGUCCCAACGACCCUGAGUCAGACUACAUCAAUGCCUCCGAGGUCAAAGGGUUCAGCGGCCAGGUCGAGUAUAUUGCCUGUCAAGGUCCGUUGGCGGACACUGCUGAAGACUUUUGGCGCAUGGUCUUUGAAAAGGACGUAUGCGUGAUUGUCAUGGUCACCAAUUUGGCAGAAAAGGGAAAGAUUAAGUGCCACAAGUACUUCCCAGACCUGAGAGAAACUAUAAGGUAUGAGAGAGUUGCCGUCAAGUGCGUCUUGCAAGCAGACUUUCCUGUCUACACGAGAAGGACGUUUUUAGUGCAGAAGACUGACGGAAUGAUUUUGAAAAAUGUGAUUCAACUCCAUUUCAAAGAGUGGCCGGACUUUGGGUGCCCUGAAACGACGGACCUGCUGCUCAGUUUCUGCCGCACUGUUAGGGAACUGGCCAAUGCCAAUUCGGAUGGCCUUGUCCUUGUGCACUGCAGCGCUGGGGUUGGUCGGACAGGGACCCUGAUAGCUGUGGAUAUGUUGCUGCAAGAAAUAAGGGCAAAUCGAGAGAUUAACAUCUUCGACAAGAUUCUGCAAUUGCGGUACCAACGAAUCAACAUGGUCCAGACCGAGCUUCAAUACAAGUAUAUUCACGAGUGCGUGCGAGACGCCAUUGUUGAAGAUUUCAAAGAAGGGUUGAAAAUGAAUGGUGGUGGUGGCAGAAUGAUCGCUCACUUGGACCCUAUUUACCAAAACAUGAAGAAUGAACUGAAAGACGAUCAGACCAGUGUAUUGACCGAAAUUCAAAAUUUGGAAGACAUGUUGUCUGAGAAUGAGGAAAUCAAAUCAAGUAGACGGGAAAAGGCAAAUCCCACCGUGGUCAAGGUACGGCACAGUGUAAAUAUGGAGUUGGAAAACGAGAUAAGUGAAGAGUCAUUCCUGUAAAUGAAACCAAGGCGGAAGUCGCUGACAAUAAGACGGAAGAUACCAAGUUAUUAAGAUUGAGAUUUUAGAUGAUUUAACACAAAUUAUUGCACUUGAUUUUCUGUCAGUGGAUUGAGUGGAUAAAAAGUAGAUUUUUAAAAGAAAAAUUUAUACAUAUUUGGCUUAUUGAAAAUACUGGUAAAAAAUGACAGAUUAAAAAAAUUUUACUAGGAUUUUUGGAUAAAAAUUAAUUCCUCGCGAUCUCCUUUCUGGCUAAUGGGUAAAACUUGUCCCACUAGUAUUUUGAGAUCAUCCCAUUUUAAGAUAAUAUACAUUAAAAUAGUUUCUUUUCUUGAGUUCCAAAACGGUUUUCCUAAAAUUAGCAUACAACUUCAUAUAUUAACCUUCUUUUAUCAAUGAUAAAUACCUCGAACCGAUGAAAAAAUGUUCAUGUCUACUUUAAUGCCCGUUUUUCCUUAUUGGAGGAGAAAUAUGUAAGCUGUGAAUAUAUUAUAUUCAACAUUCAAUAUUUUACUAGAUUUAAAUAGCUGAUAUUAAUACUGAAUAUAAUAUGUUAGUUCACAAUUUAUUGAGUUAUUCUGAUAUAUUUUAAAUAAAAUCAAUUGUUUCA